AUGGCGCGCGGCGCUGGGCGCUGCGCGAAGCCCCGCAGCAGCAGCAGCAGCAGCAGCAGCAGCGGCAGCGGCGGCGGAAGCGCGGGCGGCAGCAGCGGGGGCAGCAGCAGAGGCAGCAAGGACAGCUGCAGCCGCGGCAAUGACCACGGCGGCCGCCGCCCGCUGCAGCAGCAGCAGCAGCAAACUGGGGCCCCCGCCGCAGCAGACCCCACGGGGGCCUCUCCCCCCGCCCUCCGCAGCUCCCCAGACAGCCACCAGCACCACCAGCACCAGCAACAGCAGCAGCAGCAGCAGGGGAGCCGGUGCCUGGACGCGUUGCUGCGGGAGAACGUGCUGCUGGCGGUGCUGCCGUUCCUAGCAGCAGCAGAGGCCUCCCGCUUCGGGGCUUGCUGCAGGGACUUGCGGGCAGCUCUUCGAGCCCCUAGAAUGCAGCCUUUGUGGCGCCGGUGGUUCGAGGCCAGCGGCUUCGUCUGGUGGCCCUACGGCGGCGCCUGCAGCAGCAGCUGCCACCUCCAGGUCGACCGCGACGGCUUCCUGCUGCUCCCGCGUCACCAGCAGCAGCAGCAGCAGGGGCUGCACCACCAGCAGCAGCAGGGGCUGCAGCAGCAGCAGCAGCAGCAGGGGCUGCACCAGCAGCAGCAGCAGCAUGGGCUGCAGCACCCGCAGCAGCUGCAGCACCAGCAGCAGCAGCAGGGGCUGCAGCAGCAGCAGCAGGGGCUGCUGCAGCACCAGCAGCAGCAGGGUCUGCAGCUGCAGCUGGAGGUGAGGGCGUGGGAGCCGGGGGAGCCUGCUGCGGGUUACCGGCAGUUCCGGCACGAGGGCUGGUGCUGCCAGUUCUUGUGGAAUGCGCGAAGUUUGCAAAAGUGGAGAAGUGGAAAUUGUGUUUUUGCUGCUUUGCCGACGGAGGGCCCCAGGCUCUUUGCGGUGUCUGUACACCCCAAGGGCGUGUACGCCUCCAGGGCCGAAGCCUCUCCCCUUUCCCCCGCUGCUGCUGCGCUGCUGCAGCAAGCAGCAGACUCCCCCGCAGCCACCCCCGCGCCCUCCCCCCUGCUGCAGCAGCAGCAGCAGGAGCUGGAGCCCUCUCCGGCUUCCUCGCACCGCACUGCAGCAGACUCCGCCGAGGGCCCGCAGCAGCAAAUUGUCCACUUCUCCCCAGGGGCUGGCCGCUGCCUCUCAGCAGCGCUGCAUGCAAAGGCAGCAGUCUUGAUAGCAGCAGCAGACAGAAUCCUGUGCGUCAUAGAGCCCCUGGGGGGCACCCCGGGGCCCCAGGGGCCCCCCGGAGCCCCCGGGGGGCUCCCGGGGGCCCUCGGGGGCCCCCCGGGGCCCCGCGCCGCCGCCCAGGGCCUCCGGACCGAGGGGUGCCCCCGCCAAGGACCCAGGGGGGCCCCCUCUGCUGUUUCACUUUCUCCUGUUUCUUCUUAUGCUGCUGCUGGCAGCAUUUCUUCCUUGGCUUCUCUUGAGUUGGAGCUCGAGAGCCUUGUCAGUGGGGGCGGCGGGGGGCGCCGCGGCAGCAACAAGGGCAGAAAGAGCGGGGCGAUGAAGCACGCUGCUGCUGCUGCUGCUGCUGCAGCGGGCGAGGGCAGGCGGCUGGGCUGCGACCCCGCAGCGGGAGCCCCUCGCGGCGCUGCUGCUCCUGCUGCGGGCGCGGGUGGCGCUGGGGCCGCCGCAGGGGCGAGCCCGGCCUCCUCCGCAGCCUCUGCAGCAGCAGCAGCAGCAGCAGCAGCGGAAGUGCGGGAAAUAUGCCGCUGCUUCUCCAGAAACGCGUGGCUGGGCUGCAGCGUGGACGCAGCCAGCGGGCUCAUGGCCUGCUGCUUCCUUUCUUCAGAGCCCAGCAGCAACGGGCGGGGCCGCCGCAAGAAGGGGGGGGCGUUGGCGGAUGCAUGCGAGUACAGGGUGUACGACAUGCUGAACGAAACCGAAGUGGCCCAGUUGUCUAUUGAAGGUCAUUUGGUGCAUCGCCUGAUUCUUAAUUUCGUAUUUUCUUCCAAUGCGUCCCGCGUGUUCGGCUUUGACAGAUGGCACAGGGAGUUUUUCGUGUGGUGCCUGCCGCCUGGGGCUGAGCAGCAGCAGCAGCAGCAGCUGGAAGCUGCAGCAAUUGUGAAUGCGCACACGGAUGGGAUUUUGGCUUUGGAUGCUCUCGAAACUGCAGCAGCUCUGAAAGUGGUUUGCGGCAGCAGAGACGAAACCCUCAGUCUUUACUCCGUGGACCCUUUGCUGCGGCUCGCCACCUUCACCGGACACCAGGCCGAAGUCUCCGCCGUCUGCUGGCUGCGCAACGGAGAAGCAGCACUGGGCGGCCAGGGGCCCCCUGUGGGGCUGGGGGCUCCAGGUGUAUCUACAGAUGAAGACAUGCAAAGUUUUGCUUCGGGAGCUUAUGACGGCUCCAUUAAAAUUUGGGACGCCCGACAGGGAGACGCAAAGAGCCUCCCAGGUCACGGUCUGACGCUGCUAGAACACCAAAACCGAAUAACAAGGCUCGCGGGUGUAUGGGAUGGCCAAAUGCUCCUUUCUGGGGACGUGGACGGCGUAGUGAAGCUGUGGGAUUUGCGCAAAUGCGCCGACUCCGUCAUGACGGCGAAAUACAACGGAGCCAUUUUGGACCUCCAGGCCAACCGCGCCUUCUGUGUGGUGCGUUUGAACUUCAAUUAA